AUGCAUGCAGUACGUGUUGAAAAGGAAGGUACGUAUAAUCACCAGCUAAUUUAAUGUGGGGUUUAAUGUUUUCUUUAAAAUGUAAAGGUGUGUGUCAAGCGUCAGUGAUAUUUGGGGUAGGCAAAGAGAAAUAUCGAACUGACGUUGUCAAAGGCGACAAUCCAACUUGGAAUGAAGAAGGAGUUAUGUAAGUACUGUUGUCUUUUGUCAAUCUGGCGGUCAGAAUGUUCCAUUGUCUUUUCAUUGUUUUGAAAAUCCCACUGUUCUCAAUGCCAUCCAGUCAAGAUCCAGUGAUCAGAAUGUUCCAUUGUCUUUUCAUUGUUUUAAAAACCCCACUGUUCUCAAUGCCAUCCAGUCAAGAUCCAGUGAUCAGAAUGUUCCAUUGUUUUUUCAUUGUUUUAAAAAUCCUACUGUUCUCAAUGCCAUCCAGUCAAGAUCCAGUGAUCAGAAUGUUCCAAUGUCUUUUCAUUGUUUUGAAAAUCCCACUCAAAACGUCGUAGUUCUCCUUGUAUUUUUCAGGUAGUUGUAUCCCUAUCAAUCCGAAUUUUUCUCAUUAUGCAAAGGGCCUGUUACCUAUUGAUAAGCUCAAUAUUUUCCCUUAGCAAUGUAAGCAACCCGAACGCCUCUCUCGUCCUCACUGUGAUGGACCGUGAAGAUACAAUAGGAAAUAUAACUCUUCCAGUAAUCAAUCUUCCUUCUGCUGCGCACAAACGUCGCUGGCUUCCUCUGCAACGAAAACAUCAACAGACGUCAAGCGAUCUCUGUUUUGAUUGUUGGAUUACUCAAUUUAAAAAGGAAACUGUUUGGAAUAAGUUUAAUCCAUUUUUUUCAAGCGCUCCAAGGUAAGGAAACUAUACUAAAUACCUCGGUCAUUUCUAAACUGUUCUUCCUAGAGGUCCAGUAAGGGUCAUCUCUUAUUGAUCCAGUGUUACUACAGGAGGAGACCUAAACUAAACUAACUUUAUUAGUAUACUGGGUAGCUCUAUCAGUUCUAAACUGUUCUUUCUAGAGGUCUAGUAAGGAUCAUCUCUUAUUGAUCCAGUGUUACUACAGGAUGAAACCCAAACUAGACUAACGUUAUUUAUACUGGGUAACUUCUUUAUUUGUAGUCCACAAGAAAAGCGUCGCGAAUCAAUCGCUAGCGCGUCAACAGGCAUUCGAGGCUCAACUUCUACUCUAGAACUUUGCUCAAAAAGUUUAGAACAAGACAGACGUGACUCUGUACCUUAUGAUUCUAAAAGCAGACGGCUGUCUUCAGGAAAGACGACAAGUAGUACAGACCUCUCCGCACCUGUUCCUCCGCGAACGCCAUCCAUUGUUCCACAGGAGUCAUCGAUGCCAAGACCAAAGUUAUUACCGACGUUAGGAGCUGUCAUGUCUAUGAAAGGACCUCCUGAAAUAACUGGCAUCUCACCAAGGUGGUGGUUUUUUAUAUUUAUUUGUUUAUUAAACUUUGCCAAAACACGUAACAGAGCAACAAAUAGACAUCUAGACAACAAACCUAGACAAGAAUGGCAGGGACACCACGACAGUGUAAAUCAAUUACUGUGGGCCCUUAUAUAUGUUUGCAUAUAGCCUGAACGAAUGUCACAAUUCAUGAAGAAAACACAAAAGAAAUCAUGAGCGUGAAGGAGUUUGUAUAUCUGAUACAGAAUCAUGCUGAUUUACAUAAACGUUAAGUUCAAUUUUCUCACCAAAUAUCAUUCAUUUAUUUUUUCUCACCAAAUAUCAUUCAUUUAUUUUAAAUUGUUGAAGAAUACGAAUGUUCUCAUCAAGGCGUUUCACAAGACACAAGCCAUGUACAAUAUUCGCGAACGUGUUGUAAUGUCGGAUGUACAAACGCAGACGCAAAUUAAAUGUUGUAAACAGUACAGGUCACGGGUUCGAUUCCCACCGUGGUCAGCCGGACAAACUUUUCAGCUUGCCCGGUGUGGAUGCACACUCAGAGUAACAUCACAGGCAUCAUAUUCACCUUAGUACAUAACACCAACACACACAAGAAGUAUAAAAAAGUGUGAAGUAUUCAUAAGCAAUCUUUUAACAGAUUUGGACCGUCUCGUGGUGGAACAAAGAUUACCAUCCGUGGAUGUAACUUGGGUACCAAUACUGGCGACUUUCUUGGCUUCACCAUAUGUUCCGUUGACCAUCUCGACAGUUUAGAAUACCAUACACCAGCUAAACUGGUAUGCACCACACAACCCUGGGGUGGGAAGAAACCAAAUCCUGGCCCUAUUGUUCUCGUCACAAAAUCUGGAGGGCGCGGCGUCUCCACCAUUAAGUUUGAAUUUCAAGGUGAUCCUGUCGUACCUAAGAAGAAGAACUCGCUUGCGAAAGGAAAGGGUUCGUGAAGUUUUUUAUUUUUUCAUGGAAAACCAGGGAGAACAGUUUAGUACUCACAGAGCUAUCCAGUAUAAAUAAAGUUGGCUUAGUUUAGGUUUCCUCCUGUAGUAACACUGGAUCAAUAAGAGAUGAUCGUUACUGGACCUCUAGGGAGAACAGUUUAGGAGUGAUAAAGCUAUCCAGUAUAAAUAAAGUUAGUUUAGUUUAGGUUUCCUUUUGUGGUAACACUGAAUCAAUAAGAGAUGAUCCUUACUGGACCUCUAGGCAGAACAGUUUAGAACUGAUAGAGCUAUCCUAUAAAUAAAGUUAGUCUAGGUAAUGCUUGAUUUUUCUGUUCUCAGGCGAAAGUAACAAAAAAGAAACAAAGAAUACUAAAAAUGAAACUUCUAUCGAUGUGGAAAAACUUCGCCGAAAUGUCCAAGGUAGUAGACCGCUAUCAGGGGUGUUUGUGGCCCAGUAGUGAGCGACUGUGUCUUUCACCUGAGACAUUUGUGACCAGGGUACAAUAUGACUUGAAUUCAGCCUUACGUGGGAAGAGCGUUUUCAGGAAACAGUGCAGUCUGCAAGUUUUCGCCGGAUACUCUGGUUUCCUCCAGCAGUAACACUGGAUCAAAAUGGAAUAUUCCUUACUCUAGGAAGAAUAGUUUAGAAGUGAAAGAGCUUAGAAAAGAGCUAUAUUUAGUCAUUAUAUAUCUCUAUGUAGAUCUGACCAGUGAAAACCAGUCUCUAAGAAGCUACAUUGAUAAACUGAUGCUCGUACUGAUGGAGAAAUACCCGGACGCACUCGAGGCCACCAUGUCCAUUGAUUCAGAAAAAUGA